AGAAACCAUUUUAGUUAUCGGUUGCGCAGUAAACGCAGUUGCGAAAAAACAUACUAUGACUAAAAAAAAUAAAGCAGCAUGUAGCAUUAAAAACCAACCAUGCCUGUAAUCAGCCGUCAACAAGGAGGUGGGCGGGUGGGCUGUAAUCUAGGGGAAGGAGUUGCGCCUACAGUGUGGUUGGUGUGGUGUGUCGGCUGGUUGUGCAGUGUGCAGUGCAGUCCAACGUUAGUCCACGUGUCUGCACCUAUUUUCCGCUCUGAUAAACCGAUAGCCGAUAGCUAGCUAAACAAAACAAGCCUCUAAAUUUACUGGCGCUGCUGAUUUUAUUUUAUCGGUCUCGCUGGUCUUGCAUUUGGUGUUGGGCCUGGGUGGCCUGGGUGGCCUGGGACGCAGACCCGGAACCUUUGCAACAUUUCCUGUGGCAGUUGUGCUUUUUUACCACCAGGCUUGGUUUGCAAGUAUUCGCACGUGCAUUCAUCGGACUCAGUUGACUCGGUGGCUUUCUGCAGUCAAAUUCAACGAUGCCGGACUUAAGCAACAAAGUGGCCCUCAUCACAGGAGCAUCGUCGGGCAUAGGAGGGGAGACUGCUGUGCAUUUUGCUUCUCUCGGAUGCUGGCUGGCACUCACGGGCAGAGACCAGGCGGCCUUGGACAAGGUCGCUACACUGUGCCAAUCCAAAGGGUUGCCUCAAGAAAAGGUUCUCGUGAUUUCCGGAGACCUGUGCAAGGAAGAUGAUGUCGCCAACGUCGUUAAGAAGACUCUCGAACACUUUGGAAAGCUUGACAUUUUGGUCAACAGCGCUGGGAUCAUUAAGAAUGGGACAACGGAGGCCACGCCACUUGCCGUGUAUGACCAGGUGAUGAACAUCAACCUGCGCAGUGUCUUCCACGUGAUGCAGGUCGCCAUUCCACAUCUUCGAAAGACCAAAGGAAACAUUGUGAAUGUGUCAAGCGUCACAGGGUUGCGUGCGUUUCCUGGAGUGGUUGUGUACAACAUCAGCAAAGCAGGCCUGGAUCAGCUGACUAGAACAGCAGCCUUAGAGCUUGCUGCUGAUGGCAUAAGAGUAAAUGCAGUCAACCCCGGUGUGAUUAUCACGGAAGUGCACAAGCGUGCUGGCAUGAGUGAAGAAGACUAUGCCAAGUUUCUCGAGCACUGCAAGACCACGCACGCCAUGGGCCGUGUGGGCACGGCAGACGAGGUGGCACGCACCAUUGCAUUCUUGGCCUCCGAAGACGCGUCCUUCAUCACGGGCCAGACGUUGGCGAUCGACGGGGGUCGCAGCAUCAUGUGCCCUCGAUGAGCUCUCGAGUGUUUGGCCGCCGUCUGACCGGCGUUCAAUCAAGCCAACUGCAGCCCUUCUCAAAGAGAGGCUCGCAUUUGGCCCGUCCAAGAUAUUGAUGCUACAGGUCCGGUUUUAAUGCUUACAGGGAUCUUUUUCUACAAUUUUGUUGUGAAAAUAGUUGAGAAUUAAAGGGGCGGUGUUAGAGGAGAAUUACAUAAAUGACGAGGACAGGACAACAGGUCCUUGUCAUUUAUGCAGUUCUCCUCUAAUUAUGUAAGUUUACCAGCACGCUCCAUUUUCACAAAUUAAAGGGGCAGUGCAACAAUUUUAACUUUGAAGGAAUUUGCAAUUUUUAAUUUUUAGACUAUUUAUCUUGCCAGAAGGGAUUCAGGAACCAUUUACUCUUUUAAAAUAUCUCUAUUUCGUUGCGUAAUAGCAAAGCAAAGAACAGGAAUAUUUCGAGAUUUGCAGCUGCGGGAACUAAGGCUUGAUGCACACUUGGGUGCAUUGUAAUAAGUUGGCCAGAUAUGCCAAUAUGUGCUCAAUCUAGUGCUAUAUUUUAUAAAUAUUGUCGUUUCAACAUGAUUAAAUGCGUCAAAUCCUCGUAUC